AUGAGAUGUACAAUAUUUGAACAAAAAAAGCGAAAAAAUGAAUCAAAAGAACCUGAAUUUACUGGAAAGCAAAUGAAAACAAAUUCGUCAAUUGUGAUUGUUAAGAAAUCAACUCAAAUUGAUAAAACAACACAAAACAAUCAACAAAAUGCAUUUGAUAAUCAGAAACGACAACCUAAUGAAAAUAAUACCAAUGAUCAACCUGAAUCAUCCGCUUCAACUACAGAAUCUUCAAUCAUUGUAAGCCUUUCUAAUAACGAUUCCCUUGACAAUAAUAGGUCGUCAAAAUGUUCAGCUGAUUUGAAUCAAUCUCAACAACGAACAAAAUUAACAGGAAUUGAUCGACAAGAAAAUGACACUAUUUCCAAUGAUAAUAUAGAAGCGGAUGAUGAAUUAAUUUUACCUCGUCAUAUUCAACUUGAAUUAAAGAGUAAUAGAAAACGAAUUCUUGAUCUGGAAAAUCAAUUGAAAGAAUUGAAACAUACAUCCGUUCCAUUUCCAACAACUGAAAAAAGUGAUUAUUUGCGCCGUGUGUCGGCUGUUGUUGGUACGCGUAGUGAAUUAGCAAAAACAAGAGUAAUUAAUUAUGAGCAACUGUUAGGUCUUACUAAUUUUGAAUUAUUACAAGCAACUGGUAAUGGACAAUUAUCAUGGAGAAAAAUUGUUGUCAAUUUAAUACAAGCUUGUUUCAAGAAUGUAGAUUUGCAAUAUGAAAAUUAUACAUCACUUCGAACUCGUAAUAAAGAUGUGAUUGAUAAUAUUUCAGCUUACGUCAAAACUGUUUGUCCUACUGCUGUAUUCACCAAAACAGAAUUUUCAAGUUGUAUUUCUGAGUCUAUAUCAUCUGCACCUAUGAAAGUCGAAGAAAUUAAGGAAUUCAAACCAGAACGUAUUGAAUCAAUGGAUGCAUUGGCAACGACAACUACCGAGAUAAAAUAA